UGCAACAAGUCUCUGUGUUUCUGUCCUUAUAAAAAUUGGACUAUUCAGAAAGUCUUUCUCAACAACCCGCUAGAAUCUCUGCAAACACUGUGUGUAGCUAUGUCUACUGCCAGCUUUGUGCUGUUCGAAGAUCAGUUUCGGUGCUCCAUCUGUCUGGAUGUGUUCACUGAUCCUGUCAGCACAUCAUGUGGACACAACUUCUGCAAAAACUGCAUCACUCAACACUGGAGUACUAAUGACCAUUACCAGUGCCCCUUGUGUAAAGAGACUUUUACAAAAAGACCUGAACUGCAUGUCAACACUUUGUUCUCUGAGAUGGUCGCUCAGUUCAGACAGUCAGCUCAACAGAAAGCCAGCAGCAGCAGCUCACAGCAACAAGCUGCCAAACCAGGAGAAGUUCCCUGUGACGUCUGCACUGGAACCAAACUGAAGGCCCUGAAGUCCUGCCUGGUGUGUCUGGCCUCCUACUGUGAGACUCACCUGGAGCCUCAUCUGACAGCUUCUGGCCUGAAAAGACAUCAGCUGAUCGACCCUGUGGAGAACCUGGAAGACAGGAUAUGCAAGAAGCACGAUAAACCUCUGGAGCUGUUCUGCAAGACCGACCAGACAUGUGUCUGUACACUCUGCCCUGUUUCAGACCACAGGAUGCAUGAUGUUGUUCCUCUGAGGGACGAAUACAAAAAAAAGAAGGCUGAGCUGGGGAAGACAGAGGCUGAAAUUCAGCAGAUGAUCCUCAAGAGACAACUGAAGAUUAAGGAGAUCAAACGCUCAGUUGACCUCAGUGAGAAAGAUGCAGACAGAGAGAUAGCAGAAGGUGUUCAGGUCUUCACUGCUCUGAAGGAGUCUGUUGAGAGAGGCCUGAAUGAGCUCAUCAAAGCGAUAGAGGGGAAGCAGAGGAGGACACAGAAACAGGCUGAAGGCUUCAUCAAAGAGCUGGAACGGGAAAUCUCUGAGCUUAAGAGGAGAAAAACUGAGGUGAAGCAGCUCUCACACUCUGAAGACCACCUCCAACUGCUCCAGUGUAUCCAGUCCCUGAAAGCUGCUCGACUCUCCAAGGACUGGACAGAGGUCAGCGUCUGUCCACCUUUAUAUGAGGGAACUGUGGUGAGAGCUGUGUCUCAGCUGGUGGAGACACUCAAUAAAGAGAUGAAGAGGCUGGUUGCUGAGCCUGAAAUGAAGAGGGUCCAGCAGUAUGCAGUGGAUGUGACUCUUGAUCCUGAAACAGCAAAUCCCUAUCUCAUCCUGUCCCGUGAUGGGAAACAAGUGAAACAUGGUGAUGUAAAGAAACAUCUCUCAGACAGCCCAAAGAGAUUUUCCCGUUAUAUUUGUGUCUUAGGAAAGCAGAGUUUCUCUUCAGGCAGAUCUUACUUUGAGGUUCAGGUUAAAGAAAAGACUGGCUGGGCUUUGGGAGUGGCCAGAGAGUCGGUCAACAGGAAGGGAGACGUCCCACUGACUCCCCAGGAUGGUUACUGGACUGUAUGGUUGAUCAAGGCAAAUGAGUACAUCGCUCUUGCUGGUCCUACAGUCCGUCUGUCUCUGAAGUCUCAUCCUCAGAAGGUGGGGGUGUUUGUGGAUUAUGAGGAAGGUGUGGUCUCCUUUUAUGACGUAGAUGUUGCAGCUCUUAUCUACUCCUUUACUGGCUGCGCCUUCACUGAGAAACUCUUCCCAUACUUUGGCCCCUGUGCUAAUAAUGGUGGUAAAAACUCUGCACCUCUGAUCAUCUUACCUGUCAAUCAAACUGGCUGAUCAUUUUUUUAAGACCAGCAAGUCAUUGACUAGUGAAGCAUUGGCAACGAUACAUAUUGCUGUACUCAUAGAAAGCUCUGUACAUAACUGUCACAAAUUAUCAGUGACACUUCUUUCUGAGGCUGGUAAGGGAACUGCAGUCAGCAUCUUGUUGCUUGCACUCUGUAGCCGCAGGGGAACACCUGGGCAUCAGCCAAACAUGACCACAAAGACUGACCAUCACCAUGUUGACUGAAUGCUGGGAAAAACAUUACAAUCAUAUUUAGAAUAACAUUACAAUCUGCUAUGUUCUUCUAUUUCAUUUGGACCAUUGGCUCCACGAUACUAUCUUGCUGUUUGCAAAUCAGCUAGUGCGAUGACGCAACCUAGAUGGCUAACCUUAAGAUACCGUUAGCUCUUUGGUCGCCCCUGCAUCGCUCUUGGCUAGUAGAAAGCGCUUCAUACAAUUACAUAAUUUAUUGUUGGCUAAAUCAGUAUUAUCUGUCAUACAAAAGUCAGUAUGUUGAAUCACGUUAGCUGGGGAAAUAAUUCAGUAAGCUAGCUAACUGACGUAUCCACUCAGAUAGUAGCAAUACCAUUAGCAAGUGAGCCAGCAAAGGCAGCGAGCUAGCUGUAGCUAAGCUAUACUGUUUUGAUCUGGUAUUGGUUGCUUCAUAAGAUCAGCUGAUAAAGUCUCUUGCAAAUGGCAAGAUAGCUAAUUUACAGCCGGAUCAGUCCUGGAGUCUGGAUUAAAAAAUGACGUUAAUCACUAAAGACAGUGUUUUUGCUAUGUUAGCUGGCUAGAAAUUCUCCCGCAUUGGCAAGCAAGCUAUAAUUAGCCUACACUAGCCAGCUUAAACCAGAAUAUCAGAAUGUAUUUCACAUGUCAGUGAUUCCUGUAAUGACAGGAUAUCUUUUUCCUCACCAGGGGGAAACAGAAAUUAUGAUACUGAGCACUGAAUUUGAUGGAUUUACUGUUUAUCAGACAACAAACGAGACGAAUUAGCUAGCUAGAACAGCCCACUGACCCUCCGCUUCACAACCUGCUGCUAAGAUGGCAGCUCAGACCUCAGCCGCUUUAGCAACUUCAAUUCAGCCACUGCAAAACCAGGUGGCCGGCUGCGGCUGAGUGGCUUACUUCCACCAGCCGAGCUGACUACUUCCAGUUUAGCGCUUCGUUAAAUGAAUAAGGAAUUAAACGAUUCAAUAGCGUCGCUCUUCUAGACUUUCCAAUGUUAUCGGACAGAGUGGAUCAAAUCCUGAUAAUGAAAUGAAUCCUUUUGUGGGGGCUACGUCGCUCAAAAAAUGCACCCACUGAUUAUGUCUUUUUCACCAAGUAAGUCAACGGGGAAAAAGUUUUGAUGGCCUCAGGGCGUCAUGUGAGGGACCCGGCUGUUGUAAUUCCAUGAUGAAAAUUGGCUUCAGAGCCCAGCGCACUUCCUGGAGGUCUGGAGGCAAAGCACGGAAACACGUAUAAUAUCACAUCCUUUAGAUUUUCCCGUUAAAAUUCGUCCUGAGUCUUUUACAUAGAAAUCAGUCCACAGGCUGUUAGAGGCAGCCGAAAGAGAGGGGGCAGGUCUUUGUUACAACUGGUUCACCCAUUGGAAAUAAAAAACAAUAAAUACAUGUGUAAAGUUACAUACGGUGCCUUUAAAUUCAUCUUUGCAUUUUAGUGUAAAUAUAUACGAGGCAAAGUCUUCAUGCCACAGUAUGACACAGCAGGAAAUACUGGUUGAAAGCAGUGGGCUUGCCGGACUGGGCGGACUCGGGUUUUUUGAACGAGACCGGUCGAGACCACCACUGAUGCUUUUUGUCCGUGCUUUACUGAUAAGAGUGAAAAAGACCAUCUCAAAAACAGCUAAUAACUUCAAAUCACUGGUAGCAUAAAGAUUUCCCCCAGCUGCUACCUGCCCGGUGUCAGUGUGAGUGACUGACCCCCUGCACACAGAGGAUGGAGACGGCAGGAGGAGAGGCUGUGUGAACUCUAAGAUUUGUUUCAUUGUGCUCUGCAACAACAGAGCAGUUAUUGUUUUUGUUGUUAUAUUUAUUUAAAAGCAAACUUAAAUACAAAAAACUCACAUUUGAUGUUUUUUAUGAUUUUCCUUUGAUAUAUAUGGUCUUGGUCUUGUCUUGGUCUCGGUAAUGUCUUGGUCUCAUUUGGUGCGGUCUUGACUACAACACUAUGUGUCAGUCAGUUUGUUAAAAAACUGACUUUAUUUUAAAGUGAAUUUUCAGCAUACAGCUUUUAUUUUGAAGUGCUGUUUCCUGCUGUAGAGUGAGUAACAGACAGACAGCUACUUGACACAAAUGAGCGUGACCACAUGUCCAAACACAAGUAUGAUGCUGAAUAUAUUAAACUAUGUGGGCAGUGAACUAAUGGCUAAGCAGAAAUCUGGACCUGGUUACUGGACCAGUUGGGAAACACUAUAAAGGUAUAAAGGGUGGAUUUGUUUUUAAAUGUGAGGCUUGUAAAGGGAAACUAUAUUUGUUUACUGGUAUUGACUGUACUCACUGAUGUAAUGAUAAUUAAUGUUGCUUUUAGUUUUUAAUUUACAGGUCUAUGGAUGCAGUUGUACUGAUAUUGUAGUUUGCCUUUAUGAGAUCAUACUGACUUGGUGUGGACAUUAUUUUUCUCUGGGUUUAAUUCUGUUGAUCUCUGUCCAAACCCUUUUUUUCUUCCAAAACCCAGCCAUGUACGUGAAUUUGCGGUGUUGUACCAACGUAGCACUUUUAUUUUGAAAGAGACUGUACAUUUCCUGUGAAAACAGAAGUGUAUUUUGAAAACAGACAAUGCAUGUAACAGGCUGAAGUUGACACGGCGUCCCAGAACGUCAACAACCAACACACCCAGGGUACCUUGGACGUCGACGUUUCAGUAAAAUAAACUGCUAAGCUAACAUGAAAAUGUUUUUAUUUGUAUGUGAGAUCUAAACAGCUAACAAACAUUUUUUUUUGUUUGUUUGUUUUUGUAUAUUUGUACCUGUCUCUUAGUCUGAAGCACUGUUUUCACUGUGUUGUCACUGUGUUGUCACUGUGUUGUCACUGUCUUAUAUCUUUGUCCUAAGGGUUGUCUGUGUGAAAGCAGCCGACUCACCUAAUCUAACUGCAAACCAAAUCUACCAACGGGUACUAAUAAAGUUACCUUACCUUACAUUACCUCAAGUGGGUAGCCAACAAUGCGGUUUUAUACGUCCAAAGAACUUGUAUAAAAAUAAACUGCUUUGCAACCAGACCAGGCCUCUAAUUGAGACUGGCCUUUAUUUGUCAAAAUGUGUAGCUACACCAGGCCAGUAAAAGAGACGUAAAAGAGUGUUUAAUUGGAACAAGGCUUUUAACCAAAGUUUUAUGGUAAGUACAUUUACAAAGGUAUUGUACUUUAGCACAGAUUCAAGGUGUUUUACUCGGGUAUUUACGUUUUAUGCAACCUCCUCCGCCUCAGAGGUAAAUAUCGUACUUUUUGCUGCUGCACUACAUUUGUUUGACAGCUUUAGUUACUUCCUGUCCAGUGAAAACCAUGUAUCUCCAGAUGUGCUGAUGUUGACUGUUUGUGUUAAACUGAAGGAUGAAGUGUUCCUUUAUGGUGUGAGAAAAUUCUCCUUCUUAAGCUCAAUAAACUCUUUAAACCCUUUUGGAUCAGAUGGAAAAGUCGUCGGCACAAAGCUGAAAACAGGCUGUUUUCUGACUUUUUAAGAGAUACGUGGUUCUCACAGGACAGCCACGCUACAAACAUAUGAUGAUCUCAUAAACCAUGAUGCAUCGCUGCUGAUUAAACCACCCAACAGAAUAUGAAGGAGCUAAAAUGAUCUGGAAGGAAUAUUAAUCCAAAGGAAAAAAUAUCAAAAUUUGAAUGUGAAUAUUUGCUGGUUUUCUGGGUCUUUUAUGAUCUUACCUUUUGGUUUUUGACUUAUUAUAAAUCAUAAAAGUCUUUUCUUCUGAUAUUUUAUAAAACAAAAAUUAAUCGAUAAUGAAAAUAAUCACGAGUUGCACCAUUUUAACUUUUAUUCUGUAAUACAUCUUUAUAGCUGUUGUUGGGUUUAGAACAUUUAAGUAACAUCACAUGGAUGAUUAAUGCUCAGUUUUUUAGGCUACAGUUAUUCAGUCAUCUGGUUAUUGAGUUUUAAUGUCUGAUAUACAUUUGUAGUUAUUCAUUCACUCAAUUACUGCUUGAGUGAGGAAAGUCCUCACAUCACCGUAUAACAGUUUGUUUCACUGUUUCAGAGGGUGCACAAAUAUAUAUGUUGGUAUAUUUUUUACUUUAAAGGUAGUUAAAAGGGAAAAUCUCUAAUUUACAAGCGUAUGUAAUUCAAUUGAAUCUGAUGUAAUGACAGCAAUAUUCUCCAGAUCUCCAGAUUGUACAUGUAAGAUUUGUUUUUGUUUUGCGUGAUUACCAAAAAAUAAUAAAUCUUGA